AUGGGAUUGGUUUUCACUGGCGGUUUUCUCAUUUUCACCGUGGCACAGGUGAAGAGAAAGAUUAGUAUCUUACUAAUGUAUACGAGCAACCGUACCCGAUCGACAAAUUCGCGGGCACUGCCGCAGCUCGCCAGUGGUUUCACGAAGCUGCGCGAACAGCUCGCAAAAUGUGGCGAGUUCCAUUCGCCGGUACCUUUCUUCGAGUUUAUCCCAGAGGUUGCGAGAUGUCCCAAGUCCGAUGACAUGAAUGCUAAUGUGGGGAGACAGACCGGAAAAUGGUGUGGUAUGCCUCAGCUUCGCAGCGCGACCAUUCAACGUGGCGCUCGAAUGCCUGGACUUCCACUUCGGGGCACGCUUCAAUGGCACGCUGCCUCACCGCCCCGUUGA